AAUGCUUACGAGUUAAUUAUGGUGAAGGGAUCAAUUCUUCCCUGUCGCUUCUUGACAGCCAUUGACCUCUUGUACCCAGACCAUUUGGAAGGUGUUAGUCGAGCCUUGUGGAUGGAGGUUUGGAAUAAGGAUGAAGAUUUUACAGCACCAGAAGUAUUAGCACGAGCUGGGCAGACUGCAGGUCUGACAGAGAAGCAAUUGACAAAUGUCCAACAACAUAUGACACAGCAGAUUACAAAAGAUCGCCUGAGAACAUACACUGAUGAAGCCAUCCUACAUGGGGCAUUUGGAUCACCAACUAUAGUGGCCCACACUGGAGGAGAACCAAUGCUUUUCUUUGGUUCUGAUCGAUUCCCUGUCCUGGCUCAAGAGAUUGGAGAGAAAUGGUUGGGACCACAACCUGAUGCACCUCACCCAAAGUUAUGAAAAUCUGUUAUUUUGAGGAUUACCUGUACAGGUACAUAAUGAUAACACCGCAAGAGUGAUUAAUAUCAAAUUGAAAUUAUAAAAAUGUUUAUUCAUUUAAAUGUAUAAUUCUAAAAAUAAUUACAAACAUUUUUAUAAUCACUGCAUGAAUUUUGUUUUUUACAUCCUGGUGAACAAAUAUUUUUCAGGCAAGGGAGAGGUGGGUGAGUGUACACACUUAUUUGUGGUGGAAUGCUCUGUUGUUAGAAUCAUUUUAUAGUGUCAGAAGUCAUUUGUAUCAUUGUAAGUACCUGGUGGGUGGUGUUUAUAAUGCAAACGAGCUGAGCGAGUGAACCACUGUAUGGAGUAAAUGAGCGUGUGCACGAGUGCUGUCUUCUACUGGCGUGAGUGACGUGUGCACUAGUGCUGUCACCUAGCGGUGUGAAUGAAGUUGGAUGUCUGAAUAGUUGGAUGACAUAGCACGAGGUUUCGUGCUCAUGUGUAUUAUCCUGUGAGACAGAUUGUUUCCUGCUGCACCACUGUACAGACCUCUCCCAGUAAACUGCAUCUGUGAA